GCUCGCUCCGUCUGGCUCUGCGGCUGAGGAGAGAAGCACGGCGGGCGGGUUGGGCGGCGUGUUUGGGAGCUGCGCUCUGGGCCCGCCGGCCGCGCUGCUCUCCGCCUGAGGCGGGGGGGAGAGGGGAGAACUGCGGAGCAGCUGGACCGCACUCCACCGGGCGAGGAGCGGCGAGAGCGGGGCCCGCAGGGAGCAGCCGCCGCUCGGCUGGUUCCGCCCCCUUCGUGGCGCUUGGGCCUCCGGCCCCUGCCAAGCGGCUUCUGCCGAACCGGGAGGCGGCCUCGGCGCGUGAGGGGAGGCGCGUCGGGAGCGGGGGUCCCGGCCGGCGGGGCGCUGCGGACCCCGCCGGCGCUGUUGGUGCGGCUGCUGCUGCCGGGGAGGCGGGGGGCCCGGGCCGCUCUGGAUGGUGGUUAAAAUGAUCAUAGAAAACUUCGAGGCGCUGAAAUCCUGGCUCAGCAAAACCUUGGAGCCCAUAUGUGAUGCAGAUCCAUCUGCCCUAGCUAAAUAUGUUCUGGCUUUGGUAAAGAAGGAUAAAAGUGAAAAGGAACUGAAGGCAUUGUGUGUUGAUCAGCUGGAUGUAUUUCUUCAGAAAGAAACUCAGAUAUUCGUGGAAAAACUGUUUGACGCUGUGAAUACAAAAAGCUAUCUACCUCCACCAGAACAGCCAUCAUCAGGAAGCCUGAAAGUAGAAUUUUUUCAGCACCAAGAAAAAGAGACAAAAAAAGAAGAGAUAGUUAAAGAGGAAGAACGAGAGAAAAAGUUUUCUAGAAGAUUAAAUCACAGUCCUCCUCAGUCUAGUUCUCGCUACAGAGAUACCAGAAGCCGUGAUGAAAGGAAAAAAGAUGAACGUUCUCGAAAGAGAGAUUAUGACCGAAAUCCUCCCAGAAGAGAUUCCUACAGGGAUCGAUACAACAGAAGAAGAGGGAGGAGUCGGAGCUACAGCAGGAGUCGAAGUAGAAGUUGGAGCAAAGAAAGAUUGCGGGAUCGAGAUCGAGACCGGAGCAGAAGCCGGAGCAGAACACGAAGCAGAGGUACCAACAGUUGGUCUCUGAAACACGAUAGGGAUCUGGUAAAGCCAAAAUACGAUAUGGAUAGACCAGAUCCAUUAGAGAACAAUUAUACUCCAGUUUCUUCUGUGACAAGUAUUUCAUCCGGCCACUACCCUGUCCCUACACUGAGCAGCACUAUUACUGUUAUUGCUCCUGCUCAUCAUGGAAAUAACACUACUGAAAGCUGGUCGGAGUUUCAUGAAGAGCAGCUGGACCACAACUCCUAUGGAAGACCUCCGCUGCCAAAGAAACGCUGUAGAGAUUAUGAUGAAAAGGGUUUCUGUAUGAGAGGAGACAUGUGCCCUUUUGAUCAUGGAAGUGAUCCAGUAGUGGUAGAAGAUGUGAAUCUUCCUGGCAUUCUGCCUUUUCCAGCACAACCUCCUGUUGUUGAAGGACCACCUCCUCCUGGACUUCCUCCUCCUCCACCCAUUCUGAGUCCUCCUCCUGUUAACCUUAGACCUCCAGUGCCACCACCAGGCCCCUUGCCACCUAGCCUUCCACCUGUAACAGGACCACCACCUCCACUUCCCCCAUUGCAGCCUGCUGGCAUGGAUGCUCCCCCAAACUCAGCAACUAGCUCAGUUCCCGCUGUUGUUACAACGGGUAUUCAUCACCAGCCGCCUCCUGCUCCACCCUCUCUUUUUACAGCAGGUGUAGUACUGAGGCUUUGCCCACAAGAAACGUAUGACACAGAUGGCUAUAAUCCAGAAGCUCCAAGUAUAACAAAUACAUCAAGACCUAUGUAUAGACAUAGAGUACAUGCCCAAAGACCAAAUUUGAUAGGACUCACGUCGGGUGAUAUGGAUCUACCACCCAGAGAAAAACCUCCCAAUAAAAGUAGUAUGAGAAUAGUGGUAGAUGCUGAAUCCAGGAAAAGAACAAUUGGUGCAGGGGAUGGUGGAGUUCCUACAAAGAAGACUUGGUUUGACAAGCAAAAUUUUAACAGAACAAAUAGUCCAGGUUUCCAGAAGAAGGUGCAGUUUGGAAAUGAAAAUACAAAACUUGAAUUGAGGAAAGUUCCCCCAGAACUAAAUAAUAUCAGCAAACUUAAUGAGCACUUCAGUAAGUUUGGAAACUUAGUCAACUUGCAGGUUGCAUACCAAGGUGAUCCAGAAGGUGCCCUUAUUCAGUUUGCCACACACGAGGAAGCAAAGAAAGCUAUAUCUAGUACAGAAGCAGUACUAAAUAAUCGUUUUAUUAAAGUUUAUUGGCAUCGAGAAGGCAGUACACCGCAAAUCCAAACUACUACACAGAAGGUAAUACAACCCUUAGUUCAGCAGCCGAGUUUACCAGUGGUGAAACAAUCAGUCAAGGAGCGAUUAGGUCCAGUACCUGCAAGUAAUAUUGAACCUGCAGAAGCACAGAGUGCCAAUACAGAAGUCACUCAGAAUGUGACUAAAUUAUCUGUGAAGGAUAGACUGGGUUUUGUGUCAAAACCGGUUACUCCAACAACUGAAAAGGUUUUAUCCACUUCUACUGGCUUGACAAAAACUGUGUACAACCCUGCUGCUUUGAAGGCAGCACAGAAAUCUUUGCCUGUUGUUUCCACUUCCGUGCUAGACUCUAAUGAAGCACAGAAGAAAAAACAGGAAGCAUUACGACUUCAACAAGAUGUGAGAAAAAAGAAGCAGGAAAUCUUAGAGAAGCACAUUGAAACACAAAAGAUGCUGAUUUCAAAGCUGGAGAAGAAUAAAGCCAUGAAGUCAGAAGACAAAGCGGAAAUCAUGAAAACGCUGGAAAUUUUGACUAAUAGCAUUACCAAGUUAAAGGAUGAAUUAAAAGGUGUAUCACCGGGAGGAGGGGCUCCUUUAAAAAGCAUGAAAACUAAGACUCAGAUGCAGAAAGAGUUACUAGAUACUGAACUGGAUUUAUACAAGAAGAUGCAAGCUGGGGAGGAAGUUACAGAAUUAAGACGAAAAUAUACAGAGCUACAGCUGGAAGCUGCCAAACGAGGGAUUCUUUCUUCAGUUCGUGGUAGAGGGGUUCAUGCAAGAGGUCGGGGUGCAUCACGUAGCAGAGGUAGAGGAAUACGAGGCCGGGGUAGAGGCAGAGGAGUUCCUGUGCAUGCAGUUGUGGAUCAUCGACCUAGGGCAUUAGAAAUCUCUGCAUUUACAGAAAGUGAUAGAGAAGAUCUUCUUCCUCAUUUUGCGCAAUAUGGUGAAAUUGAAGAUUGCCAGAUAGAUGACUCUUCUCUCCAUGCAGUGAUUACCUUUAAGACAAGAGCAGAAGCUGAAGCUGCUGCAAUUCAUGGAUCUCGUUUUAAAGGACAAGAGUUAAAGUUGGCAUGGAACAAACCUGUUGCUAGUAUGUCAGCUGCUGAAACAGAAGAAGCUGAACCUGAUGAAGAAGAAUUUCAGGAGGAAUCUUUGGUGGAUGACUCGUUGCUUCAGGAUGAUGAUGAAGAGGAGGAAGAUAAUGAAUCUCGUUCUUGGAGAAGAUGAUUCAACCAACUGAUCAGUGACAGUGCUAGAACUGCACUUGUGUUGCAUUAGUAUUACCUAAUGUACUUCUGCAUCUUUGUAUUUGUUUCGUGAUGAAGUUGGAUUCGGAUAUAGACUAAAAAGCAGCUGGUCGGUUAUACAUUUUGAGAGAUUGAUGUUUGAGUUACAUUUCAGUAAAUGAUUGCUAAAGACAUCAUACUAGGAACAUAUGCAAUGUUUUUAUUACAUAGUUCUACAGAAAGUUACAGAAUUCUUUGGGUUCUUUGUAAUUUACCGAAUUGGUCAAACACAAAUGACCAAAAGUUGUUAUAACAUAGAUAAUUUUUGUUCUAUUCCAGAUACGGAAUGAAAAUUUGCAUUUAAAAUCUUUGUGAAUGUUUUCUGAAAUGAAUAGAUAACAGUACUAAACUGAAGUCUCUAAAGUUAUGUAUUCAAAAUAUUGCAUAGUAGUAUGCUUAGGCUUUACUAUGUACUAGCCUUUUGUUGGAUUUGUGUACGUAUUUUACCUAUGGGUUUUAAUGAUAAAGUGUAUGACUGCUUUGCAUAUAAGUCCUUAUGACUUUAAGAUGUUAAAAAAUAAAGAAAUGGAAUGGUCUUCAAAAAAAAAAAAAAGAAAAAAAAAGGAAAAAAAAAAAAAGCAAUAACCAAAUGGCAAAGGCAAUGGUCCUUUGCAAUGGAAAAAAAAAAAAAGAGAGAAAAAAAAAAAAAGAAAAAAAAAAAAAAAAAAGAAAAAAAGACCGUUCCAAAUGGCAAACCCCACCCC